AUGAACAAUUGCAAACGACCUGAUCUGAUAGUUGACUACAAACAUGUUCCAGCUCCAAAAUCGCUAACAUCCUCCGCAAGCCAGGGUAUCUUGGCACAAUCCAUGCCUAUGGCGGCCAUGUUCAUGAAAAACAAGUUUCUAGCGUGGUUUGCCAUGCUCUCCACCGUUCAUUACGCUCUGAACGGACAAGGUGAUGAAGGCUCCGCUGACCAGGCGCCUUUGCUGAAGGUAGUCAUGUCCUUAGUAUCGAUUGCUGUGUGCUACAUGAACGUUAUAUUCCCUCAGCCCGGCCCCAGCGACAAACAGGCAUAA